AUGGAGAAGUGGGCAGGCAGGCCCCCGUUUGGUCUGAUGCUGCUUCUGAGCCUCCCUCAGCUCUGCCUGGAUCAGGAGGUGUUGUCUGGACACGCUCUUCAAGCACCCCCCGAGGAAGGCCAGGGCCCCGAGGGCGUCUGGGGUCCUUGGCACCAGUGGGCCCCUUGCUCCCAGCCAUGUGGGGUCGGGGUGCAACACAGGAGGCGGACCUGUCAGCUCCCUACGGCCCAACUCCACCAGGGCCCCCCCUUCCCAUCCCGGCCCCCAAGGAACCCAGAAAUCCUGCUCCCCCGAAGCCAGGGCCCCAGGCCCCCCAGCCCCCAAGAAACUCUCCCCCUGUACAGGCCACAGCCUCGAGGAAGAGGCGGCCCACUUCGAGGUCCUGCUUCCCAGUUAGGGAGAGAGGAGGCCCAGGAGAUGCCAGGGGCCAGGUCCCGGGUCCGAGACCCCAUCAAGCCAGGAAUGUUUGGCUACGGCAGAGUGCCCUUUGCUCUGCCACUCCAUCGGAACCGCAGGCACCACCGGCAGAGACCUCGCAGAUCUGAGCUCUCCCAGGCCUCAGCGCUUCUCCCACCCCUCACUCCAGGGGCAGAGCCAUCCUCCGCAAACCACACGCCUCCAACUCAUUCCUCUCCUGUGCAACCCUCUGCCCACACUCCGUCCCCCCCUGCGGACUCCCCAGGCCCCGAGGCCGCCCGGACAGCGGUGCCUUCGAGAACCAGGCGUCCUCCCAGGGCUCAGGCCUCGGGCCAAGAGCCCCCCUCGCUCACCCCCUCCCCACGAGGAAGUGGCUCCUUCCACGUGUCCCCAAAGCCAAGAAUGCCAAGUUCCCAGGGCCGGGCCAGUCCCCAGGUGGCAGAGAGACACCCUAAUCCUUUCCUCUCUGUCCCUCGGGGCUGGGGCCGAGGCCAGCAGAGCCGGGAGCACUGGAGAUCUGGGGGGAACCGCCACAGGCCCCCCGCAGAGUCUGCCCCUCGCUACCAGGAUGGCUGGUUGCCUCUGCUGAGGGAUGGCCCUCACUCCAGCUCCCAGUGGAGCCUCUUUGCUCCCAGUAGCCCCGACCCAAGAUGUGCUGGGGAGAGUGAGCAGCUGAGAGCCUGCAGCAAAGCGCCCUGCCCCCCUGAGCAUCCAGACCCCCGGGCCCUGCAGUGUGCAGCCUUUGACUCCCAGGAGUUCAUGGGCCAGCUGUACCAGUGGGAACCCUUCACGGAAGUCCAGGGAUCCCAGCGCUGCGAGCUCAACUGCCGUCCCCGCGGCUUCCGCUUCUAUGUCCGUCACACCGAGAAGGUCCAGGACGGGACCCUGUGUCAGCCAGGCGCCCUAGACAUGUGUGUGGCGGGGCGCUGCCUGAGCCCCGGCUGUGACGGGAUCCUCGGCUCCGGCAGGCGUCCGGACGGCUGUGGGGUCUGUGGGGGUGAUGAUUCUACCUGUCACCUCGUCUCGGGGAACCUCACCGACCGCGGGGGCCCUCUGGGUUAUCAGAAGAUCCUGCGCAUUCCGGCCGGAGCCUCCCGGCUCCAGAUCGCCCAGCUCCGGCCCAGCUCCAACUACCUGGCACUUCGAGGCCCUGGCGGCCGGUCCAUCAUCAAUGGGAACUGGGCCGUGGACCCCCCCGGGUCCUACGCGGCGGGGGGCACUGUCUUCCAGUACAACCGUCCUCCCCGGGAGGAGGGCGCAGGCGAGAGCCUGUCCGCCGAGGGCCCCACCGCAGAGCCCGUGGACGUCUACAUGAUCUUCCAGGAGGAAAACCCGGGCGUGUUUUAUCAGACACCCCUGGGGUCUCCAACCGGAUUCUGGAAACGAGUGGGACACUCCGAGUGCUCAGCAUCCUGUGGGAAAGGCGUGUGGAGCCCCAUCUUCCUCUGCGUUUCUCGCGAGUCCGGAGAGGAACUGGAUGAGCGCAGCUGUGCUGUGGGCACCAGACCCCCAGUCUCCUCGGAGCCCUGCCACGGCCCCCCGUGCCCCCCAUACUGGGAGGCCGGAGAGUGGACGUCCUGCAGCCGCUCCUGUGGGCCUGGCACCCAGCACCGCCAGCUGCGCUGCCGGCAGGAGUUUGGGGGCGGUGGCUCCUCGGUGCCUCCCGAGCGCUGUGGGCACCUCCCCCGGCCCAACAUCACCCAGCCCUGCCAGCUGCGCCUCUGUGGCCACUGGGAGGUCCGCUCCCCCUGGAGCCAGUGUUCUGUGCGCUGCGGGCGCGGCCAGAGGAGCCGGCAGGUGCGCUGCGUCGGGAACAAUGGCGACGAAGUGAGCGACCGGGAGUGCGCGUCGGGACCCCCGCGGCCCCCCAGCAGAGAGGCCUGUAACAUGGGGCCCUGCACGAUGGCCUGGUUCCACAGCGACUGGAGCUCCAAGUGCUCGGCCGAGUGUGGGACUGGCAUCCAGCGGCGCUCUGUGGUCUGCCUCGGGAGUGGGGAGGUCCGUGGGGCAGGCCAGGAGGAAGCCGGCGUGGGAACCAGUGAGCAGAGCUGUGCCCCGGGAAGCCGCCCCCCGGACAUGCGUGCCUGCAGCCUGGGUCCCUGUGAGAGGACGUGGCGCUGGUACACGGGGCCCUGGGCUGAGUGCUCCUCAGAUUGUGGCUCAGGCACACAGCGUCGCGAUGUCAUCUGUGUGUCCAAACUGGGGACCGAGUUCAACGUGACCCCUCCUAGCAACUGCUCCCACCUGCCCAGGCCCCCUGCCCUGCAGCCCUGCCAGGGGCAGGACUGCCAGGACCGGUGGUUCUCUACACCUUGGAGUCCGUGUUCUCGCUCCUGCCAGGGUGGUGUGCAGACGAGGGAGGUCCAGUGCCUGACUGCCAACCAGACGCUCAGCGUGCGCUGCCCGGCUCAUCUGCGGCCCUCCCGGAAACGGCCCUGUAACAGCCAGCCCUGCAGCCAGCGCCCUGAUGACCGGUGCAAGGACAGCUCUCCACAUUGCCCCCUGGUGGUCCAGGCCCGGCUCUGCGUCUAUCCCUACUACACAGCCACCUGCUGCCGCUCUUGUGCCCAUGCCCUGGAGCGGUCCCCCCCAGAGCGGUCUCCCCCGGAACCCGCCUGA